AUGAUGGAAUUAAUUAAAAGUAAACAAAAUGAUGAUAUCACAAAAGAACUUAUUACAUCAAAAGAACUUGAUCAAUUGAUGCUUCGUUUUACACGAAUUUAUCGAGAUGAAUCUGGUAAAUUUCAACGAGAUCAUAUGGAUCAAGCAUAUUCUUGUAUAAUGAAAGAACAUUAUGGUGAUGUUGGUGUUGAGUUUAUUAGUCCAACAUUUGGUUCAAUGUGUAGUCCGUCAAUUAUAACUAUUGUUCUUACAGGUCCUAUUAAAAACGAUGAUGAAAAAAAAUUAUCUAUUAAGAUUUCUAAACAAACAAAUGAUUGGUCUGUAGAAAUAGAACAAUUUAUAUUAAAUGGUAAAGUUAUUCAUUUUAAAAUGCCAUUUUUUCAAUAUCCACCUAUGAGUCAUGUAAAAGCAAAUAUUAGUGUUUACUAUGAGAAUGAAAAAAUUCAUGAAUCAAUUUAUCUAUAUAUGAACUUUUCACAUGUACUCCUCCAUGAUCAUUUAAAUGAAUCAAUUAAAAAUUUUGAUGAGUUAAUGACGAAAAAGAAACAUGGUCAUGGUAUUGUCAACAAUACAUCUUCGAUGCCAUCUAACUCACAAUUAAAAUCGAAAAGGAAAUCUACAAAAUGUUUAAAUAGGAGAUAA